AGAUGGCCCUCCUCCGAUCCUGCGCUCCUUCCUCGUUGUCGUGUCUACGCCAUUCGCUUUCUUGUGCUCGUUCUGUCAACAAGAGUUCGCGAUUGGUACGGAUCAACCGUGAGAAUGGGGCACAGAAGCCGAAAACGCUCCCGUUCCACAUCGCCGCGCAGACGGGCGUCGUCCAGUGCAUCCUCUUUAAGUGAUGACGCCGCCACAUGCAAAAGACUGGCCAAACGUCUGCGCCGCCUGGAGCGCAAGGUAAAACGACAGAGGCGGGCUACGCCACGCCGUUCUGUCGCUCGGUGUUUACAAGACCGAGUAUCUCGCCAUGGCGCGAGUAAUAAUCAUCCAUAUCGCCGAUCUCCCGACAGCGAUCGCUCCCGCCCGGUUUCUUCUGCCGACGAGAACGGGGAUGAUCGUGGCACAGUACGAUGUCCGACUCCCACGUCUCCGUCGACGCAGUUAAGUAAAUCCGUGGAACCGCAACCGGCCGACGCCGAUGUCGUACUCGUAUGCAAUGACAACGAGCUCGAACAGGAAAUUCUGGACGUGUUAGGCGCCGACCCGUCCGCCGCUACGACGGACAAAUGUCAACUGCACACGGCGCUUGCGUCCCGCUGGACGCAUGUGCUUACGAACGGCUUGGAGGCGACAACAAGAAACGACCUGCUCGCCAAAUACAAAAUUCCUAUUAAUUGCGCGCGACUUGAGGCGCCUGCUUUGAACCCCGAAAUAAAACCUGCUUUGUCCGAACUGUCACUCAAAAAAGACAAGUAUCAGACCCUCGCCCAAACACAACUGGGCGUAGGUUUAGUGCCGUUAGCACAGGCCAUAAAUGCGCUUCUCGCAUCAAACGAACCGCCACACUUCGAUAACAUUCUUUCGUUGCUAGCGGACACCGGAAGACUGCUCACGGACCUCUUUUUUACCAUGUCCAAGCAUCGCCGCUAUAAUAUAAGCCAGAAUUUAAAUAAAUCGCUCAAGGACGUCCUGCAGGAGGACACGCCCGGCGAAUUUCUAUUUGGACAGGCGCUCGCCGACCGCAUAAAAACCGCCAAGUUCCUCCAAAAAUCUAGCCUGGACUUAAAGGCGGCAAAAGCUCCAAGGUCGCAACCGGAAAAAAGGGGGGGGGUUACCAAGUCCACAGUGAUGGUAGCACCCUCUGGGUCGGGAAACCGGCGAAGUCCAAUCCGAACAUCGAGACGCCGGAGCGGACUGUUGACGUCGCAAGCGACAUUCCAAGCGUCUCGCUCAGGAAAAUCCCGCGGCCAGAGCUACAGAACACGCCGGAUGUAACUACAGAGUUCGGCGGCUCACCCACUCAAAAUUACCCUGGUGGCCGCGCGGUUGUCAGGCAC